AUGCAGAGGGAAAUGGCUUAUACAGGCCGAGAUGGCCUGGGUGGCUCCCGCCCUGGGUCUGCCACGCACCCUCCACACAUGAUGCCCAGCUCUCCACCCUCCACCCCAGUGCCCCACUCCAUGCCUCCAUCUCCGUCCAGGAUUCCCUAUGGUGGGGGCCGGCCCGUGGGUGUGCCAGGAAACGCCACCAUCCCCCGGGACCGGCUGUCCAGCGUGCCAGCCUCACGCUCCAUAUCGCCCAGCCCGAGUGCUAUUUUGGAGAGACGGGACGUGAAGCCAGAUGAGGACAUGACUAACAAAAACCUCACCCUGAUCCGAAAUGAAGGUCUUUACGGCGACCCCUACUUGUUUCACGAGGGGAGGAUGAGCGUGGCUGCGCCCCACUCCGGACACCCCCUGGAUGUCCCUGACCACGUUGUCGCCUACCAUCGCAGUGCCAUGAGGUCAUCAAGCACUUACUGCAACCCCCCCAUGCAGCCUGAAAUGCUGGAGCAGUCCUUGUACAGACAAAAGUCACGGAAGUACCCAGAGAGCCAUUUGCCCACUCUUGGCUCUAAAACACCUCCCGCCUCACCCCACAGGGUGGCUGACGUGAGAAUGAUUGAUAUCCAUCCUCACCAUAGUGCUCACAUCCCCACACACACCCUCCAGCCUGACAGGUCUUCCCCCAGCCGCCAGUCCUUCAAAAAGGAGCCAGGACUGCCUGUGUUUGUGGACAAGAAAGCACGGAGUGUCCUCGGCCUCCCGGGCAUGGCCGAAGUGCUGCCCUCUCCAGCUGAUGAGCAGGCUUUUGGCUAUGGGUCACCUGUAAUGCCCAAGGACAAGGAGACCAGUGAGAAGAUGUUGAAAAUAGUGUCCAGCAAGAGCAGCGUUGACACUGCAGGCACUGUCAACGUAUCUGGGGGGAAGAAUGUGUUGGCAACGGUGGAGCCAGCUGCCAUCCCUCACCCUGCUGGAGCCCCCUCCAUGCAAGUCAGCCUGCAUGGCAUGAAACGCAACGUGUCGGAUCUGCGGCUGCAGCUGCAUCAGAUGAAGCAGCUACAGCUGCAGAACCAGGAGAUGCUGAGGGCAAUGGUGAAGAAAGCAGAGAUGGAAAUCAAUGGCAAAAUGAUUGAAACAGUGAAGAGGCUUGAAGAUCCUGUGCAGCGACAGCGCAACCUGGUGGAACAAGAAAGACAGAAGUACCUCAACGAGGAAGAAAAAAUUGUAAAGAAGUUAUGUGAACUGGAGGCAUUUGUUGAAGACCUGAAGAGAGACUCCGUUGCUUCCAGCAAGACAGUUACACUGAAAGAUGUUGAAGAUGGAGCCUUUCUUCUACGUCAAGUGGGAGAAGCUGUUGCCACCCUGAAAGGAGAGUUCCCGACACUGCAGAACAAAAUGCGCGCGAUUCUCCGGAUUGAGGUAGAAGCUGUGAGGUUCCUGAAGGAAGAGCCACACAAGCUAGACAGCUUGCUGAAACGUGUGCGCAGCAUGACCGAUAUCCUUACCAUGCUCAGGAGACAUGUUACAGAAGGACUGCUGAGGGGUGUGGAUCCAUCCCAAGCUGGGCAAUACCCUCCUACAGAAAAGCCCGCUGCAGCUGACGCUCUGAAAAACCAGGAGGAGCUCAAGCAUGCCCAGGGACAUGCACAGCAAAGCCUCACAUCCGAGUCCCAGGUGUCAUCAGUCAAGUCGGAAGUUGUCCCCUUCUCAACAAUGACGGUCCACCAUGUGCAGAGCUCGCCAGUUGUCAUCCAUCAGUCUCAGCACUCAUCAGCCCUGGUCAACCAUGCCCAGGGUUCACCCACUGCCGCCACCCCGCCAGCCCCCCCGCAGGAGCCUGCAACAGGCUCCCAGCCCACACAAGCCUCGCCAGCACCACAGGCCUCUGUCAAUGGCACCACCAUGCAAAGUCUUUUCAUUGAGGAAAUUCACAGUGCAAGUACCAGAAGCCGAGCAGUAUCAAUCGAGAAAGCUGAAAAGAAAUGGGAAGAGAAAAGACAAAACCUUGAUCACUAUAAUGGAAAGGAAUUCGAAAAGCUCUUGGAAGAGGCCCAGGCCAAUAUAAUGAAGUCAAUUCCUAACCUGGAGAUGCCUCCCCAGCCGGCAGCCCUGCCUAAAGGGGAUGCAGUGGAAAAGCUAGAAGUCGCAGAAGAAGUUCCCAAUGGAGAACAGGAUAAUGACAAGCUGACUAAGUCUCCACCUCCUCCACCUCCACGGCGGAGUUACCUGCCAGGUUCAGGACUAACCACAACGAGAUCAGGAGAUGUCAUCUAUACAGCCAGAAAAGAGGCUGCAGCUGUCAAGGAAUGCAGUGAGGAUGCUGGGCAUAUCGCACAAUCCAAAGCCCCUAAAGAGGAUCAGGUGUUGUCUCGGAGCACAGGGCAUGCUGUAGCAUCAGCUGCAAAAGAGGAAGAGGAAGAGGAAGGAGAUAAAAUAAUGGCAGAAUUACAGGGAUCCAGUACUGCCUCCCAGACAAGCCGGAUGCCAGUCCCCAUGGCUUCAAAAACUAGACAAGGAAGCAUGGAGAAAGCAGGCAAACAACACAAGCUGCAGGAUCCGCGCCAGUACAGACAGGUAGUUUUACCCUAA